AUGACACGUGCAACACGGCAAAAAGAAAAGGAGGAGGAACAGGCCAGACGUCGCGCGACAAGGAGGCUGUCUCAACAGACCGAUAGGGAGGGUGGUGGCGGCUCUAAAGGUACUAAUGCGCCCGCCGCGCGUGGCAGAGGGCUGAAAAAAUUGGCGGGAAAAAAGGCCGCCUUUGGACAGGAGAAGUCCGGCAAGAAGGCGGAAGAGAAGGGGAAGCAACCAACGCCACUCCCGUUGGCGGAGAGAGAGGGGUCGGCGACAGGGGGAAACCACGGCGACGCUCCCCGCGCCGAGCAUGCCGCAACCCAGGAGUGCAAGGCGGAGGCAUCCCAACACGGACUGACGCUGCUCCAGCCGACCGUGGUCGAAAUUUCUGCUGCCGUGGUGGAUAAGGCCAAGGCGGGGGAGCACGAUUCGAUGGAGGAUCUCCAACACAGCAUCGCCGACGUAGGUGGCUCUCCUCCUUCUGUUGGACGUGGGAGGCGUAGGCAGAGGAGGAGCGAUGGGGAAGAAAAGUAUGACACCGCCGUGCCCGGGGGCAUCAAUACGCGGUCGAAGAGGCGGCAGACAACAGGCGGUGCUGACGACGCCGGUGGUGCGGAAGUUGGGACAACGCGAGGUGCCAGGGAAGCAAGUGGCAAGGCGACGGGUCAUGCAUUGCGCAAGAAGGGCCGACCCGCAGCAAGGAGAACAUCCGGCGGAAGGAGUGUCAAGAAAGCAGCGAGGGGGAAGAGGCCAAAACGGGGUGAAGAAGACCCUGAUGAUGCGGAGGAGGAGGAUGAGGGGGAUGCGGGGGAUGAGGAGGAGGAGGCUGAUGAGGAGGAGGAUGCGGAGGAAGAGGAGGAUGAAGAGGAUGCGGAGGAGGAGGACGCGGAUGUUGGGGAGGAAGAAAAAGAUGAGCAUGAUGACGAGGAGGAGGAAGAGGAGGAGGAGGAGGAGGACGAGGAGGGGGGCGACGAGGAUGAGGAGGAGGAGGAGGAGGAGGAGGAGGAGGAGUAG